GCGCUCUCGGGGAGCUGUGACCGCGGCACCAUGGCAGCGGGGAGGGACGCGGCGCUGCUCGCCUGGAUCCUCACCCUCGGGGUGACGGCGCUGGGGGCAACAGGACAAAAAGCAGAGCAACCAGAAGUGGAGACCAAAUAUGGGAGAGUCCGAGGGUUCCAAUUCAAAGUAGACACAGCUGAGAGGAGUGUAAAUGUCUUUUUGGGACUUCCUUUUGCUAAACCUCCACUUGGAUCCCUGAGGUUUUCUGAGCCCCAGCCACCUGAGCCAUGGAAAGGUGUCAGAGAUGCCACUUCCUACCCACCAAUGUGUGUGCAGGAUCCAGUCCUAGGACAGUAUUUUUCAGACAUGAUUACUAAUAGAAAGGAGAAGGUUCCUCUUCAGGUGUCUGAAGAUUGCUUGUACCUAAAUGUGUACACACCCGUUUCUGCAGGAGAACAGCAGAAGUUGCCUGUCUUUGUAUGGAUACAUGGAGGUGGAUUAGUUCUUGGAGGAGCUUCACCAUAUGAUGGUUCAGCAUUAGCAGCCUUUGAAAAUGUGGUGGUUGUAGCAAUUCAGUACAGAUUAGGUGUCCUUGGAUAUCUUAGCACUGGUGAUGAACAUGCCCGAGGGAACUGGGGAUAUUUAGAUCAGGUAGCAGCUCUUCAGUGGAUUCAGGAAAACAUCAUCCAUUUUGGAGGAGAUCCAGGAUCUGUCACUAUCACUGGAGAAUCUGCAGGAGGAAUCAGUGUUUCUGCUCUUGUCCUAUCUCCCCUGGCAAAGGGCUUGUUCCACAGGGCCAUUUCAGAGAGUGGUACUGCCCUUCUGGGUUCAUUCACUGACCAGCCUAAGGAGGAAGCACAAAAAAUUGCUGAUGUCUCUGGCUGUGAAAAAUCCACUUCAGCUGCAAUAGUUGAGUGCUUGAGAGAAAAAACAGAAGAAGAGAUACUACAACUAACACUAAAAAUGGACAUGACAACACUGCGGCUGUGCAACACCUCCCCUGAGAACUGCAAACAGGAUUUCUUUUUCAUCAGUUCAUGUGCAGAUGGUGUUUUUUUUCCAAAGAGUCCCAGGCAAUUACUAUCUGAAAAAUCAAUCAAUGCAGUCCCAUAUAUGAUAGGAGUAAAUAACGGUGAAUUUACAUGGGGACUUCCUAUGAUGAUGAAAUUUCCUCCUUUCAUGGAUGGUCUGGAUAAAAAUGUUGCACGUGAAAUUUUGCAGCGCUCCUUAGUAGUAUUACAUAAGGGUGUUACGUCUGCAGCUGUUGAUGGGCUGUACAAUGAGUACAUAGGGAAUACAGACAGCCCUGCUCAAGUGCGAGAUGGCCUUCUGGAUGCACUGGGAGAUGUCUUCUUUGUGUUUUCAUCCCUUGAAGUGGCUAAAUUCCACAGAGAUGCUGGCAACCCAGUCUACUUCUAUGAAUUCCAGCAUCGACCAAGUGAAGCAGAAGGUGUUUUACCAGACUUUGUAAAAGCAGAUCAUGCAUCCGAGAUCGCCUUUGUCUUUGGAAAGCCAUUCUUAGCUGGACAUGCUACAGAAGAAGAAAAUAAACUUAGCAGAACUAUUAUGAAAUACUGGACUAACUUUGCUAGAAAUGGAAAUCCCAACGGAGAAGGCUUGGUCCAUUGGCCUCAGUAUGAUCUGGAUGAGAAAUACCUGGAGAUAGACCUGAACCAAAAGGCAGCACAGAAAUUCAAAGAAGGCAAAAUGAAGUUUUGGACACAGCUCAUGAAACAAAUGAUGAGUGAAAGGAGGGAACACACAGACCUGUAAGAGCUGCAGAGGGUACAGUUUGCUUUUAAGACCCAAAGUAAAGUCAAAUAAAAUUAGUUUGUCAGGAUGCAGAGUUAUAAUCACCUUCUAACUCACUAUCAUGUAAUCUGUUGUCCUGGUCACAGUGAAAGGAGAGAAACAAGGGAAAUCUGGAAUGUUUUUUGGACUAAAAAUCACUAUUUAAUGGAGCAAGCAGAAA